UUGAACAGUCGGGAGGACACAGCGGAGACGCGUCCGGAGAUUACGCACAUACGCAGCCCUUCUUGGCAGAUGUGUGUCUCCAACGGCGGCGCGCACAUAAAUAUCCUCACGGAUAACGGCGGAUUUCUGUGUGGACUACUCAUCUCACGAGGAAAAGCAGACGGUUCCCGCAGACAAUCGGGAAAAUGUGUCAUUGUUUGAAUACUUGAGGAGUGACGACAACUUUCCUCUUUUCGGACUUAACUGCACUAAUCGCGGAAGAGAGAGCGUGGAGCAAGAAGAGGGGAGAUAGAGAGGGAGAGGGAGACGGGGAGAGGACGGGCUUUAACAAUGCAGUCGGAUCAAUUUUCGGAUCAGGAUUUGCAGAUUUAAACACCGCGGAGUUUGGCGUCUCUGCAGCGGAGACACUGGGCAAUGUUGUCUGCGGAGAUGCGCUGUUUGCUGAGGUUCACGUCCGUGGAUGUUGCGGCUCGUUCGGGCGGCACACGGAGCCUUUGGGUGGCAGUGAUUGGACCGGACACAGACUGGGGCUGACUGAUCUUUGUCCAAGAGGAAAUGUUUCGGGAAGGAGAUCAAUAUGAGUUACUGGCGAGGGGGGAGACGCCAGCCUUCAGCAGCCCCCGUAUAACCAGGAGGACGGAGGACAGCUUGCAGGCAUAAGGAUUUUAUUUAUUUUUUUUAACUCUUGGAUUUAAAUUCAAACCAGACCAGAAAGAUAUUUUCUUCCAACAGACAUUCAUGUAUAAUUAAUGUGUUUCCAUUCCUCUGCAAACUGUUUCGAGAUUGUUACAAGUGGAUAGUGUCUGCACUAAAGUUUUUUCCCUCUUUUUUUCUUGGUUAGAUUGUCUAAUGAAAUAUACAUUUCAAGGACUUUUGCCCACCUGAAAAUAUAUGUUAGACAUGGACUUUAACUCUGAAAUCACAGCUGAAGUAAUUGGAUGCUACAGCAACACUUCUGAAGCAAGAAUGCAAACUGUUUCUUUUUGAAAUACUCUCUCUCAGAAAAAAAAAAAAAGUGUUCAAAGGUGCCCAGCAACAUGGCCGGCAACUGGGUUGUGCGUUCAGUUUUCCUGCUGCCGCUGCUCGCCGCGGGAGCAGCUUUCUCGGGGGUCUUCAACGCCACGGACAGAGACGUUUUUACAGAUGACUUGCUGCAGGUCAAGCUCACACAGGACAGAGCGACGGAGCGGUGGAAACUCCAGUCAGCCGAUUCCCAUCCAAACCUGUAUUUUAACCAAGUGGAUGUGUUGCACUUGAGGCAAAGGUCCUCUGCCACCCACAGCCACAUAUUUAAAGUCAUCCGGGCAGCUGUUCUCACCAUGUUGUCUAAUGUCCCCUUUUACAUACCCCCUGUGAAACAUGAGGAGUUUACAAGCAAGUGGAAUGAGAUUUAUGGAAACAACCUGCCUCCCCUGGCUCUCUACUGCCUGUUGUGCCCAGAGGACUCUGCUGCCCUGCAGUUUCUUAUCAAGUUUAUGGACAGGAUGGCUGAAUACUCAGACUGGAAGGUGACCAGUGCACCGAACGAUGAGGUCCCCAUGGCGCACUCGCUCACUGGGUUUGCCACAGCUUAUGACUUUAUUUACUCUUAUCUGGAUGAGCGCAGGAGGGAUGUUUACCUCAAGAAAAUUCGGUCUGAGACAGCAGAGCUGUACGAGCUCUCCAAAUACAGGGGAUGGGGGAAACAGUAUCUCCAAAAUCACCAGACCACUAACAUAUUAGCCAUCCUGACUGGUGCAAUUGUGGUGGGAUCACAUGACGACCCAGAGUCGAUGAUCUGGAAACAAGUGGCGGUGAACUACAUGGAAAAAACCAUGUUCCUCUUGAACCAUAUUGUUGAUGGCUCUCUGGACGAGGGAGUAGCCUAUGGAAGCUACACAGCGAAGUCCAUCACGCAGUACGUUUUCUUGGCUCAGCGCCAUUUCGACAUAGACAACAUGCAGAACAACUGGCUGCGGGGACACUUCUGGUUUUAUUACGCCACCCUGUUGCCGGGCUUUCAGAGGACAGUGGGCAUCGCGGACUCCAACUACAACUGGUUUUAUGGUCCGGAGAGCCAGCUUGUUUUUCUUGACACGUUUGUCAUGAAGAAUGGAACGGGUAACUGGCUGGCUCAGCAGAUAAGAAAGCACCGACCCAAGGAUGGGCCCAUGGGGCAGUCGUCUGCCCAGCGCUGGGCUACGCUUCACACAGAAUACAUCUGGUACAACUCCCACCUGACGCCGCAGCCUCCUCACGACUUUGGCAAAGCUCGAAUGCAUAUUUUCUCAAACUGGGGCGUGGUUACCUACGGGGCUGGGCUUCCCAACGGCCAGAGUAAUACUUUUGUCUCCUUUAAAUCUGGCAGACUGGGUGGCCGUGCAGUUUAUGACAUUGUCCAUGACAAGCCUUACUCAUGGGUGGACGGUUGGAACAGCUUUAAUCCUGGCCACGAACACCCGGAUCAGAACUCUUUUACGUUUGCCCCGAACGGACAAGUAUUUGUGUCUGAAGCACUUUACGGCCCAAAGUACAGCUAUCUCAACAAUGUUCUGGUGUUUAGUCCGAGUCCUAGCAGCCAGUGUAACAGUCCAUGGGAGGGUCAAUUAGGGGAGUGUGCCAAGUGGCUGCGCUGGACUGAUGAGGGGGUAGGGGAUUCUAGAGGGGAGGUGAUCGUUGCCUCCUCACACAGGGACACAAUGUUUGUGAGUGGGGAAGCAGCGUCAGCUUAUUCACCUGCCAUGAGACUAAAGAGCGUGUUCAGAGCCUUGGUUCUGCUCAACUCGCAGACUUUGCUCGUGCUCGACCACGUGGAGAAGUGGGCCGAUUCCCCCGUGAAAUCGCUCAGCGCCUUCUUCCACAACCUCGACAUCGACUUCAAAUACGUCCCUUUCCGAUUCAUGGACAGGUAUAACGGCGCAAUGAUGGAUGUGUGGGACGCCCAUUAUAAAAUGUUCUGGUUCGACAGUCAGGGUCACAGCCCGGAGACCAGGAUACAGGAGGCAGAGCAGGCAGCCGAGUUUAAGAAGAGGUGGACUCAGUACGUUAAUGUCACUUUUCAGAUGACGGGUACAGUCGGCAGAGUAGCUUACGUGUUACAUGGGCCGUAUGUCAAAGUGUCAAACUGUAGAUUUGUAGAUGACAGUAAAAAUGGGGUGAGGCUUUCUUUAACCAUAAAUAACACAGAGAAGAUUGUCUCUAUUGCUACGAACUAUAAAGACAUUGGAGCAAGGCUGACUUAUUUAGGAUUUGGAGGUCAUUGUAAAGUCGAGGAUAGAUAUCAAAUCACUCGGUACGGGCUUGGCACACAACUCAUCCCCAAACAAAUCACCAGUGAUAAUCAGCUGUUUGACUUUGGAUUCACAGUCAAUGUGAUCGCAGGGAUUGUUCUCUGUGUGGCCAUAGGAUUUCUGACCAUGCAGAGAAAGUUUUAUGUUUUCUUCAGCCGGCUGAUGCGCUAUGUCCUCCUUUCCGUGCUCAUUCUGUGGAUAGCCGAGCUGCUGUUUGUGUCUAACAGCUGUGAUCAGCUUCUCUGUGGGGUAAAAUGGAAAGGUGCGGGUGCCAAAAACGAAGCAAGCAAACAAAUCAGACUCUAUGAGCAGCACCGGCUCCCCCUCCCCACCGUCGUCAUAACAGCCCUUCCCGGAUCGGGAUCGGAGUUACUCAAGCACCUUUUCUACAAUAGCUCAGACUUUGUUUACAUUAGGGUUCCCACAGAGCACGUUGACAUUCCUGAAACUGAGUUUGAGUUCGACUCGCUGGUCGAUGCCUGCGAGUGGUCAAGGUCAGAUGCCGUUCAUGGGCGGUUCAAAAUUAUUCAGGGGUGGCUCCAUUCACUUGUCCACAACAUUAAGUUACAUUUGCAAAAUAUUCAGCUCGUAGAGGGCAGCAGGUUCAAACAGCCCCAGAGAGUCGGCUUACCUAGGGACAGGAAGAAAAGAUCUAGGAGGAAAGAGCCAGGGUCUGAGCUGAAAGGCAAACUGAGGGCCAGUCUGGACAGGGAUGCGGAAUAUGUCAGGGAGAUGAGGCGGCAUGUUGCGGAGUACCCGAACGCACGGGUGGUUCUCAACAUGCGGAGCGGAAGCUGGACACUUAAGCUGCCUUUCAUUCAGGAGGUGGUGGGACCUUCCCUGAGGACAAUCUAUUUGGUGAGAGACCCUCGAGCCUGGAUUUAUCUCAUGGUUUAUAACAGCAAGCCCAGCCUUUACACGCUUAAAAACAUCCCACAGCACCUUUCCUUGAUAUUCAAGGAGGAUGCUGUCAAGGAUGGGUGCCCAGCUGUCGCGCCAGAGUUUAGAAUAAUCCAGACGCUGCUGUCCCGUUCCGAGACAAACCCUGUUUUGAUUCUGGCUCAUCUGUGGCUGGCUCACACCGCAGCGGCGCUUAGGGUCAGCGGAGGCCUCCCCGAGGAGUCCUACGUCCAAGUGAGGUUUGAGGACGUGGUCGAGUUCCCCCAGGAGACAGCGGAGACUAUUCACACAUUCCUGGGUGUGCCGGUGUCGCCCACAGCCCUCAAUCAACUCCUAUUCACCACCUCCACGAACCUGUACAAUCUAAUGUAUGAAGGAGAGAUCUCACCAGCCAACAUAAACGCAUGGAGGCAGAAAAUGUCUCGGAAGGACAUCAGACUCAUAGAGGACGUGUGCGGGAGCGUCAUGAAAAGGCUGGGUUACACCCGGUUUGCCAGUUAACUGCUGCUGGUCAGCUGAUAUUGAGCUGUCUUAUUUACUGUAGCUGCCAGUCACGUCAAGUGUUUUUUUUUCCUUUUUGUUUUUUUUUUUUUUUGCACUGACCUUAAAUCUUAAAAAGAGACGUUAAAAGCUGAGGGGAAACUCGGUAGCCUUUCUGAGGUUUUCUUCCUGUCCGCUGUAUUUGUUGGGCUGUGCGUAAGGUGAUGCACCGGCCACGCCAGCAGAUGUUUGUGAGGGAAGAAUAUUUUAUAUUAAAAUAGAAAGGAAGCAGAAAGGAGCUUAUUUUUCUUUUCCCCAAGCAGCCACUCUUUUAUUGAGUGAGACUUGAGAUCUUUGCUGUCUUGCACGCAGAGGAGAACCACUGAAUACAUUUUCUUCACGACAGUCCAGUUUCCAAGAUUAUUUACAGUACGUCUUAGUAAGAAAUGAAAAAAAAAAGUAGUUUUUUUUCCCACUGCUAAUCUGUGAUGUCAAAUAUGUUUCUGUGUGUAUUUAAUUAGUUGAUUGUAUUUCGGAAAGGGGGGUUAUUUACUUACUGGUCAUUUUUGUAGCUUCGGGGAGGCUUCAUCUGGCCAUCGUUCUAUCUGUUUCCCUUUAAAACUGUAAAAAUAUGCUGCAGCAUAUGGGCUGAAAAAAAAAAAGUGGUGUUUUGCUCAGUUGAUACAUACACAUAAAUUAUAUGGAUUGUAUUUUUUACUGCACCAGUGGAGGGAUUUUAUGUUGAGGCUCAAAGAUGUCAUGACUGUUUUGGGGGCUUAGCACUUUCACAGGACUCUUUUGAUUGUAUGUGGGAUUCAGUGCAUUUUCCAAGGCUAACUUUACUGUAUGUAGUUGAUUAGCUUUGGAAACGUAAAAACCUCUGAAGAUAUAUAAACCUCUGAAGAUAUUGUGUCUAGAAGAAAGAAAGUUAAAAGUAUUUAUGGGUUCCAAAGACACAUAUCCCAAAGGAUCGGGGUUGAAUGUGAUUAUUGUAACUCCCUUUAGCAUUUAUUGAAUUAGAUCAGAGGGAAGUGCUUAAUAGGGAUCAAAAUGAGGAAAAAAAAGGAAAACUGUCAGCCUCGGCACAUUUCUAGUCAAAGCUAUAUCAAACGCAUCCCCCUCAGCUACACAUAUUAAUCUGCAAAAAAAAAAAAAAAAUAAAAAAUGCCAUGACUGAGGCUUACCCUGCUUUUCAUUGCUGUGGGGAGGAAAUUUCCAUUUCCUGUGGUGGUCACACAGAUAGCCAAAAAUCUUUGGGUUUUUUUGUCUCAACGGUGAGUGAGUAGCUCACCGAGUGGGACACGAACGGUGAGAAUAGAAACAAAAAUAAAAAUGAAAAAAAGUCAGAGACCAUUUCUACUCUGUGAUGUUUUUUCGCUCCUUGGCCCGGGCACAAAUGUACGCUUGCUUAAACCUUUCUGUAUUGUAAAUGGAUCACAUGCAACAUGCAGAUGGCGCACUCAUUUAUAGACUCAUCUGUAUACACACGAACACAAAAGAGACCAUAAGGUGUUCAUUUGGAAAUCUCCAUGUUUCCUCAGAUAGAAGCAGCCCUGUUUGUUUUCUUCUCUAUGAACGCUGAAACCCUUGACUGGCUGGAAAACCCGUUUGAUGUUUGUGGUCUUUGAAUGUGUAGACUUGGCAGACAUGCUUUUACUUUGGUGUUGCAAUCCUGUUACCAACUCUGUUUUGUAUUUGCUCGUGGGGAUAUGGUUCCUUGCUUCUGUGGCCUUGAAUUACAAUCAUUUCUUUCUAACGGUAUUCUGUGGGCUCUGGGACAGGAGGCGGAGAUAUUGUAAAGAAAAUAAUAAAUUCAGAAAUAUAUUGGCAA